UCAGCUAACCCAUCUAUAGUUCUCUUCACUCCACGUCUAUUUACAAAUAUGCUUACUAGAGAAUACAAAAUGAAGUAUGGACAAUUUUUGUUUUAUCUUUGGUUUCUCCAUUAAUCUAUUUUUCAAAGGUGUGUGAGCGCUCUACAUCUCCUCAGUGGGAUGAAGCUUUCCACUUCCUGGUUCGUGACCCUAAAGAGGAACUCCUUAUAGUGAAGGUGAGUGAAGGGUCCACCAGGGUUGAAAAGUAAACAUGUGUUUUACUGUAUGAACGUCUUGGCUUAAGAUUGAUUUUCUCUUGCUGCUGAUAGUAGUGUUAACACGUUUUCAUAGAUCGCUUACACCUAUUGAUAUGCCAUUCAAAGCUGGGAGACAAUGUGUUGAGAUUGGAAUGAUGACAUUACGGUGCCCUACGUUUUCUCUGAUGUGUUUAUAUGUGUGUGCGUGUGUGCGAUUGUGAGUGCAUGCGUGUCUGUCUAUGUUUCGUGUGCACCAUCUUUGUUUCGUGUGCACCAUCUAUGUUUCGUGUGCACCAUCUAUGUUUCGUGUGCACCCAUCUAUGUUUUGUGUGCACCCAUCUAUGUUUCGUGUGCACCCAUCUGUGUGCGUGUGUGUGUGCCUGUUUCUCUGUGUGUGUGUAGCUGUCCCACAGCUGGGGCCAGGCCCUGGGCAUGGUGGUGUUGCCCCUGAGAGAGGUCCUGUCACAGCAGGGCCUGGUACUGGACCGAUGGCUCAGUCUGGACGGGGCCCUCCCAGAGAGCCAGAUUCUACUGAGGGCCACACUCAAGGUUAACUCAUAAUGCAGACACACACACACUCUGUAACAAACCACUGUCCAGACCUGGGUUCAAAUAAUAUUUGUAUUCUCCCAAAUACUGUAUCUGUGCUAGAUUGAGCUUGUCUGGCACAAGGGAACAGUAAAGUGUAAACUCUGCCCAUCUGGCAUUUCAGGCAGGCUCAAUCAAAUGCUCAAAGUAUUUGAAAGAAAGCAAAUACGAUUUGAACCCAGGUCUGACCCAUACACACACACUCUAUAUACCAAACAAACUCAAUACUGUCAUAUGAUUUUCAUACUCUGUACUAAACUCAACACUGUCCCAUGACUAUUUCUCCAAAACAACAUGAUUCCAUUUGCUCUGAACACCCUCUUUCUACAUUAAUGUCAUCAUGUGAGCUCUUCAUACUUUCUAUCCCGAUAACAAUUUUACUGUCACGUCUCUUACUCAUAAAUGUUAUAUUUUAUCUGUUUUUCAAAAGUGUGUCGUGACUGUGUGUGAAAUUACCUUUAAAAUGGAAUAAACUGAAGCUUGAAAUUUGAGAGGAAUAUGAAAUGUCCUUUUUCCUUUAGAUGUUGAACACCCAGCUGGCAGUGUGUCGUAGUGGUGUGUCCAGUGAUUCUACUGAGGAGGGCAGUGAGGAAAGAGACCAGGUCAUACACAGACGGGACACUGAACCAAACCUACGACACAGAUCACCGUUCUCUCAAUUGUGAGUCAUUCUGAAGCUCACACUCGCAUCAACGCCUCAUUGUGUACCGGUCACAUUACAGUACAGUACAUUACAGUACAGUACAGUACAGUAUUACAGUACAGUACAGUACAGUACAGUACAGUACAUUACAGUACAGUACAUUACAGUACAGUACAGUGAGAACUGAGAACUGAUGUCCAAUGGGCCUGCAUGGCACACAUUGUUCUUCUCACUGCAGUUUACUGUACUGUAAUGUGCUGUACUGUAAUGUGUCCUUAACCAUAGAAAUAACACAUUUCUGUGGUUUAAAAUGAUCAUAACUAGGGCCCAGAGUGUUUCCUGACCUCGUGACCUGACCAGGAAGAACUCUGGGCCUAGUCAUAAUCAAUGAGCAGGUUGACGUUUAUUGGGAUGAAUCUUGUCCUGCAGGCAGAACUAAGCGAUUUCCGCAAGAUGGGCCAGCUGCAAAGUCAACAUUGGCUAUUUAAAAAAAAAAACAUUAAAACAAAAAGCAGGUUUUUGGUCUUAAUUUAAGGGUUAGGCAUUAGGGUUAGCAGUGUGGUUAAGGUUAGGGUUCGGCAUUAGGGUUAGCAGUGUGGUUAAGGUUAGGGUUAUGCAUUAGGGUUAGCAGUGUGGUUAAGGUUAGGGUUAGGCAUUAGGGUUAGCAGUGUGGUUAAGGUUAGGGUUAUGCAUUAGGGUUAGUAAUGUGGUUAAGGUUAGGGUUAGGCAUUAGGGUUAGCAGUGUGGUUAAGUUUUUAAGAUUCGUCAUUAUGGUUAGCAGUGUGGUUAAUGUUAGGGUUAGGCAUUAGGGUUAGCAGUGUGGUUAAGGUUAGGGUUCUGCAUUAGGGUUAGCGGUGUGGUUAAGGUUCGGCAUUAGGGUUAGUGGUGUGGUUAAGUUUAUGGUUCGGCAUUAGGGUUAGUGGUGUGGUUAAGGUUAGGGUUCAGCAUUAGGGUUAGCGGUGUGGUUAAGGUUAGGGUUAGCCAUUAUGGUUAGCAGUGUGGUUAAGGUUAGGGUUCAGCAUUAGGGUUAGCAGUGUGGUUAAGUUUAUGGUUAGGCAUUAGUGUUAGCAGUGUGGUUAAGGUUAGGGUUAGCCAUUAUGGUUAGCAGUGUGGUUAAGGUUAGGGUUCAGCAUUAGGGUUAGCAGUGUGGUUAAGUUUAUGGUUAGGCAUUAGUGUUAGCAGUGUGGUUAAGGUUCGGCAUUAGGGUUAGCAGUGUGGUUAAGGUUAUGGUUAGGCAUUAGGUUUAGCAGUGUGGUUAAGGUUAGGGUUAGGCAUUAGGGUUAGCAUCGUGGUUAAGGUUAGGGUUCGGCAUUAGGGUUAGCAGUGUGGUUAAGGUUACUGUCCGGUUUAAAAUAAUAUUUUAUGACUUUGUGACUGUGCCAGCUAGUCACCACUAGAGCUGCUUCCAGAACAAAAUUAAUUACGAAAAAUGCUAACCUGCAAUGAAUUAAUACAUGUAUAAUCCAUGUAAACUGUCACCAUGGGAAUUCUCAAUUGGGCAAAAGUUCGUCCUCGUUGUUUGUCCUCCGUUUAUGCAUUUCACCAAACAAUUUCAUACACAUCAAAUCAAAAAUUAUUUAUGAUAGUAAAUCUAAUACAAAAUAAGCACAUUGUGGGCAGGAUUCAUUCAUCGGUAUCAUCACAAUCCAAUUCCAUGUAUUCAAAACAAAGGUUGGUUUGCUCAUAGUUUUGUUGACUUUCCAUUUGCGCCCAGAAACACAAUCCACAAUAGAAAUAAGGAAGGGUGAAUACAAUAGAGGAACACAACUGAUAUGAAUGUAUAGGCCUAAAUCCACACCAAAGUAAAGCUCUAUAAUGGACGAUCACAAUGUUGGAGAUGAUGACUUAGGAGUAACCCAAAGUUAUGUAUAAGUAACACAACUGAUUUCUCUGCAUGUUCGCAAUAUUGUAAAAAAUCAUAACAAUUAGACAGUCCCCACUGACCACGUCUUUCCAUAUAUUGUACAUGGUAUGGCACUGAUGGGGUGAUUUAGAAUUUCAUGCAGUAGUAUUUACUGAAUGCCGGAAAACAGUGAACACAAUUGCACACAUUUCUGUUCUGAUCAAAACAAUGUUUUCAUAUUCUGUCAACAAAACACUUAAGACCUCAUUUUGUAUUCACUGAUGACAUUUGUAUUUAAUGUUUUGCAAAAGGUGGUCUAAGAUAUGCAAGUCAUGUACUAAGGCAAGAAAAUGAUCAGAAGCUCUGUAAAUAUAUUUGAGCAUUUAUUCAUUGCUGUUCUGCUAUAGAUACGUUUCAACACAAAUCAAAAAUUGUUUGUACAGGAUUGAGAAACUGUAAUAGGCGAACGGAGGAGUACACUCUUUUAAAAAAUGGUGCUAUCUAGAACCUAAAAGGGUUCUUCGGCUGUCCCCAUAGAAUAACCCUUUGAAGAACCCGUUUUGGUUCUAGGUAGAACUCUUUCAUGGAAACCAAAAUAGUUCUACCUGGAACAAAAAAGGGUUCUCCUAUGGGGACAGCCGAAGAACCCUUUUGGAACGCUUUUUUCUAAGAGUGUUGAGUAAUGAGGUGUAUCCUACCGGAGUCCUGCUGUAAGAGUUUUGAAAUGUGCCACACCCCCUUCGAAUCAGUUGUUGUUUUAUCAGAGUAGAAAAGCAUGCACACAUUUUUUUGAAAUAUGCUACUUAUCCUUUUAUCUAUAAAAUGUCUAGCACAACUAGCUACAUUUCUUUUGAUCACUUUUCAUAUGUAUUUUGGGAUUCCUCCUCUGUAAACGUAAUUUGCCUGAUGACAUGCUAGUGGAGAAGGAUAGUCUCAUUUCAUACAAGCACAUUUGUUUCCACAUUUCCUCUCCUCACCCCCUCCCCUUGAUUACCUCUGACCUUUUUCAAAAGGAGGCGAGGAGAGGACGGGGGAGAAGACGUGAGGAGUCGAGUAAAACCAAUUGAGAUUCUCCCCGUCUACCUUUUUCUCUUCUCUCAGAGGUGAUCAGAGCCCUGGCCAGGUGAAGCUACAAAUUGGCUACUCAAUAGAGGAGAACAGGCUGUACAUCAUCGUCCUCUCCUGCAGGUCUGUCCUGAACAAAAUUACCCACAAACAAUGCACUGGAUUUGCUGGUGGUUUACAGUAACUUGCCGUAUAGUGCUAUAGCCUUCAUGUUCUAUUGUUUUUUAAUGUAAUGUAAAUGCAUUCAGAAUAUUUGUGAAUGUGAAGCCAUUGUUAUAUUGUAUUUGAAUUAAUACAUAAAUAUUCUUAAAAAAUAAAGAGAGAAAAAAGUUAGCCCCAUAAGACUGUUUCAAUGGGCUAUUGUUUGUCUACUUCCAGUAUGUGAACAUUGUGCUUCCUGUACCCAGUGUCUGACACAGUUUGUCACCCAGUUCUCUGUUUGCCUUUAGGGGCCUGCCAGCUUGUGGGUCUGCUAAGGAUGGCUCCAACCCCUAUGUCUCCUUAAUCCUUCUGCCGGACAAGAACAGGACCACCAAGAGAAAUACCAUCACCAAGAAGAGAGACCUCAACCCUGAAUUUAACGAGAGGUGAGAUGGGAGGUGAGACUAGAGAGAGGGAAUGUGUAGGGACAGGAGGUUAGAGACAGGAGGGGACACCAGGAGACUGGAGAGAGGGAAUGUGUAGGGACAGGAGGUUUUCCAGACCAUGUAACUCUGGGCCCUAGUUAUAUAAUAGUUUGUUCGGUACUGUUCUCUAGCUUUUGGUAUGUCUAAAGUCCUAGCACUAUGUAUGAAACAAUCAGCUAUACAGUAGUUAGUUAUGUGUUAUUACUAGCACUGACUUUGCUGAUAGCUACUUAUCGAGGAAAAGUGUACUUACUAUGCCUGUGAUAUGUGGUUGUCCCACCUAGCUAUCUUAAGAUGAAUGCACUAACUUUAAGUCACUCUGGAUAAGAACGUCUGCUAAAUGACAAAAAAUUAAAUGUGAUAAUAUUAUGUGGAAUAGUUAUGUAUAAUAAUACUAUGUGGAAUAGUUAUGUGUAAUAAUACUAUGUGUAAUAGCUAUGUGUAAUAGUGAUGUGUAAUAGUGAUGUGUAAUAGUUAUGUGUAAUAAUACUAUGUGUAAUAGCUAUGUGUAAUAGUUAUGUGUAAUAAUACUAUAUGUAAUAGUUAUGUGUAAUAAUACUAUGUGUAAUAGUUAUGUGUAAUAAUACUAAAUGUAAUAGUUAUGUGUAAUAGUUAUGUGUAAUAAUACUAAAUGUAAUAGUUAUGUGUAAUAAUACUAUGUGUAAUAGUUAUAUGUAAUAAUACUAUAUGUAAUAGUUAUGUGUAAUAAUACUAUGUGUAAUAGUUAUGUGUAAUAAUACUAAAUGUAAUAGUUAUGUGUAAUAAUACUAUGUGUAAUAGUGAUGUGUAAUAAUACUAUGUGUUAUUACAUAUACUAAUAUCUGGCAUUGUAUGUCUUAUCAUUUUGUGCAGGUUUGACUUUGACUUCACUCUGGAGGAGUGCAUGCAGAGAAGACUUGACCUGACUGUCAAAAACAACGUCUCCUUCAUGAGCAGGGAGAGAGAGCUCAUUGGAAAGGUAUUAUUUGUGUAAAAUCCUUAAAUAUAUUUUCUCUAAUUAUUUAGCCCAUUUAGUCGUUCUAAUGUAAUAUGUACUUCUCCAAGUGAGGUGAACUGUGUUUUUGUUGUUGUGUUUAGUUACAGCUAGAUCUUGACCAGAUAGACCUGGAGAAUGGCGACACACAAUGGUAAGUGCCAUCCCAUGUGCUACCUCUUCUACAUUUGUUCAUAUGCAUUCCACAUUACUUUGAUUGAUAAGAUCUCUUACUUUCUCAGGUACGAUUUAGUAGAGGAGACCAAUUAG